GUACUAACUAUUAAGUUUACCCUUGGACAUUUGCACAUUUCUAUAUUAGAAUAGCUUAAAGGAAAUAAUAUUAACAAAUGAUUAGAUAUUAAACUAUAAAUACUGUAUUACUAGAAGUGAUUUGAUCUACAAUUAAGAUCUGUUAGUGAUUUAUUGGUUAACAUAAUGUCUACAAUGAGUGGAUUAAAGGCAUGGAUCGGACCGUCGAUUCUCAACGCAGACUUGUCUUCAUUGGCGACUGAAUCUCAGAAACUACUCAAUAGUGGCGCCGAUUAUCUGCAUUUGGAUGUAAUGGACGGCCAUUUCGUACCUAACUUGACAUUUGGUCACCCGAUGGUGUCGUGUCUGCGAAAGGCAGUGCCGGUGGCCCUCUUCGACAUGCAUAUGAUGGUGAGUGAGCCCAAGCGGUGGAUCCAACCCAUGGCUGACGCCGGAGCCAAUCAAUACACGUUUCAUUUGGAAGCACUUAAUGGUGAUAAUGAAGUGAAUGAUUGCAUUCGACACAUACGUGAGGCAGGAAUGAGGGCCGGAGUGGCCCUCAAACCCAAUACUCCCGUCCAAAGCGUGUUUCCUUUUGUUGAGGACAUCGAUUGCGUACUCGUUAUGACAGUUGAACCCGGAUUUGGCGGACAAAAGUUUAUGUCAAAUAUGAUGUCCAAAGUGGAGGCUUUGCGACAGAGAUAUGCAAAGCUUGACAUCGAAGUGGACGGAGGCGUCGGACUCAACACAAUCGGCGAGUGUGCGGACGCGGGCGCCAAUUGGAUCGUUUCGGGAACUGCUGUCGUCAACGCACCCCUUCCUCAACAAGUGAUCCGUCAGAUGCGCGAAGUGGUCAACGAAGCCAUACAGAGGGCACAGUUGGAGAGAUAAUUACAUUUUAUACCAAUAAUACACUCAAUGAUUAAAUUGAUUCACGAUUGUCAAUGUCGU